GGCAAAGUAUAUAUUUUCAACUUGUGAUCUUUAAGCGAAGCAAUAAUGGUUACGAAAGUAAUUAAAGGCUUUAAGCGCGAGAUCAGGCCCUGUAUUCUAAAGGUAAUGCCGUACUGCGUUAUGUCGUACUACUUCAUGGAGGUGCUCUACUCACUGGUCAACGGUCAUCUUGUGGGCAGAGAACGGGCAAUUGUCAUGGACGUCACCGAUGUGUUUGGGUACAUCUAUACGUGCUUCGAUGUCCUGCUGACCAUUGUGGCCAUCUUCCUCAUCCUCGCCACACGAAAGGAGGCCAGCGGAGUGACACUUUUGCUCAUCGGCAGAGUUAUCCACCGACUGUUCUUCUCGAUAUGGACCGUGUUCUUCUAUUUCCUCUUCAACGACAGCCUGGAUGUGGGCUCCCUACUAAUGCUGAUGGCCGCCAAAAUCAAACUGAGAGAUGAAAAGGAAUGGUCUCAUACUGAGAGGUCAAAGUAUCAACUAUUAUUGCUGGGGGGAAGGCUUUGUCUGUGCAGUUUGUUUAUAAUGUGGAUGGACGAGAACGUGGAGACCAUGUUCAGCAUUGUGUCAAUGGUUCUUCUGCUUUUCAUAAGCGUGGGCUUUCACUGCAAACUGUCCGCCUAUCUGACCGUAGUCGCCCUGUUAUAUCACGAUGUUUUCAGCAACCAUUGGAGCAUGUUGUGGGGCUGGAACGAUAGGCUGCUUUCGAUGCAGUACUUCUCCCUAUUGUUCUGCAAAAUCGGUGGUGUUCUGAUGCUUUCUGAGCUGGGCGGAGGCAAGUGGUCCAUCGAUGGAUUCAGGAACAGAAAUGGCGAAAAGUGGGAUAAGAAGGGCAACUACCGAAUUGUCAAGGGCCAGGCGCCGGCCUAG